AUUUAUACAAAACCUCAAAAAUGUUCAAGAAAAAGAAGAAGCAGAGCGAAGAAGACAAGCUCUACGAUAUGGCAUUCGAAAUGAACUUCCAAGCUAAGCAGCUAAACAAGCAGGCAGUCAAGAUCGAAGGCCAGAUGAAGAAGGAAGAAGCCAAAGUUCUCGCACUUAUGAAUAGUGGCAACAACGAAGCUGCCAAGAUCACCGCUGAAGGUGUCAUUAGGAUGAAAGGCGAGGCUCUUAAUGUGAGGAGAAUGGGCGCACAGCUUGGAGCAGUAGGACAGAAGUUACAAGCAGCCUCUAGAACAGCAAUGAUCUCACAGUCUAUCAAAAACGCAGUUCCUCUUAUUACCAAAGGGCUUAAGCAAAUGGAGAAAAUGGGCAUCGAUAAAGCUAUGUGCCAAUUUGACACAGCUAUGGAAGAGCUUGAUGUUAAGACAGAUUCUUUAAAUGCCGGGCUUGGAGGGGUUUAUAGCAGCACACUUGACCAAACCGAAGUUGAUUCUUACAUGUCCAAACUUAUGGACUCUCAAGCUCAUGAGAUGGAUGUGAACUCUGUAGGAGUCUCAAAGGCCGAAUUAAAAGCUGGACCAGAAGAGGAGAAAAGUGAGUCAGAUGAUCUCAUGGCUAGAUUGCGUGAUCUCCAAGGCUAGUGCCUUCUACCAAAAAUGAUUAGUAAUUUCAACUUAAUUCUUUCAUC